CCUAUCUUCUACUUUUGCAGAAGAAUGACUACUCAUAUUUCUCCAAUGGCAUCAACAAUAAAGCAAUUCCCAUCAACUAGCUUCAAUCUUCAGCCACUCCCAUCAGUUUUCCAUGGAUUUAGAACAAAACCAGCUCAAACUUCUGUUGCUGCUUCCCUUAAAAAAGCUCCUCAUCUUUUCUCUUAUUCACCUCCAUUGCCUUCUCAGAACAUCACUUUUCAGAAUUCAUUUAUUCCACUUUCUGCUUGCCUUGCUAUUCUUCUCUGGUCCUCUCCUGCUAAUGCUGGAUUUCUUUCGGGUUCAACCGGAAUAGAAUCAGUUCCUGGCCCUGAAUUACCUAAGAUUGAUUUUCUUAAUCGGUGGAAUGAUGAUAAUCAGAAAAGGUAUGCAGAACUUGAUUCAAAAUUCAAAGACUCGCCCCUGCUUAAACAGUUACUUGAGAAAUCCAAGCAAAACAAAGAGAAGAACAAAAAAUCAAUUGAAGACAAGUAUUGCCUACGAGGAGCUGAGUGGGGAGUUGGAGAUUGCUCUACAGCAGGAAUGACACCAGAAGAAAGAGACAGCUUCAUUGCCAUGUUGAAGCAGAAGGCAGGAGUAGAAUGAACGCGCAACUAUGUACCCUUUAUCACCAGUGUUGGUUCCGAUAUAUACUCUUCAAAUUUUCAAGAAUGCAAAUGGCUGAUGCAAAGAGUAGAGAUUGAACCUUAAUGGUGAAAUUUCGCGUUAUUUUUCUGCAGAGACCGGGAGUUUAAUUGAGCCUCAAGACAUCAGAUGAUCAGAAGCUAUUAGUAUUAGCAGUAGAAUAUGUCAAGGGCCAUUCUUGCCAUUGUUCAAUAGCUUGUAGAUAUAUUAUAUUAGUAAACUAUAUAAUACAUUAUGAAGCUUUACACCUACUGCUUUCUUCUAGACAUCAUUUUUCUGAGCUAAACUUGAUAGCAAAUAACAAGAUUAUUUUGUUCAGUAA